AUGGCGACGACAACACAUCCGCUGCAGUAUGCGCCGUGGACAUCCGACAUCGAGCUGGCCUUUUACUCCGCCCUGAGCUCGCUGAAGAUCAACCAUGACAAGCUCGACUCCUCUUCCCGUAAGGUGCUUGGCUUGUACGAGAUCAACCACAAAGAUGCUCCCGAACGCUCGAGCCGUAUGCAAAUACACGGGACUGCUCUGACGACCGACGAGAGUCCGCAAGGAUACUACCGAGGGGAGGGAAUCAUUCGGAACUUCAACACCAUCGAGGAGUUCCGACAGGUGGACAAGGCCUUGCACAUCGAACGAGCUGGGCGAACGAUAUGGGAUGCCGUACUUGAUGGGACCAUCUAUUCAUGUCCCUCCUUGCUCUCCUCCUUCUCGGCGAUCUGUUAUGCGGAUUUGAAGAAGUACAAGUUUACAUACCACUUUGCGUACCCUGCCGUACACUCGGACCCACAGUGGAAGUUACUGGGAGCUGAGGGCAAUGCGGCAUCCGGCAUCACACACCUGAAAGAGCGCGAGACCGAGGCCUUGGUCGACCGAGUGCAGACUUGGCGGUACAGCGUCGACACAAGACAGCACGGCUUCUUCCUUACGAAGAGGGUCAGGAAGGAUGUGCUUGAUGCUGAGUGGCGGAUGGGACGAAGCGAGAUCGAAAAGGAGGAAGAUGAUGGCAACCUGCAUACACCGAAGACACCAAGAAUAUCACAGAGCUCCAUGCUUAGCGAGAUGGGAUUUCUCUGGUCGGUGGGAUCAUUAGCGAGCCACGAGAAUGGCUUCUUCGACAACGCAGAAGACGACGACCGAUUUGUGUGCUUUGCGGACCCGUCAACCUACCCCUCAAAUCCUGGCUGGAUGCUGCGGAAUCUUCUCAUACUUGUCAGACAGCGGUGGCAUCUUGACAAGGUCCAAGUGAUGUGCUACAGAGAUACGCAUCAACGGCGAGAUCACCAGGCCAGUCUUGUCAUGCGAUUACAGUCAGCAGAACCCGUGUAUCACAACCAAAUAGCGCAACAACUGGGACGUGACAUGCCGACCAUGGGCACGUCAUCCGCUUUGCGACCCGACGAUGUUGAUGCGUUUGGCGAACUUAUCGAGCAGCAGAAGAAGGCUCCUGAGCCGGCACCCGAACGACCAAAGACUCCACCCAAAGCUCCUGAGCUACCCAAGAUCACUGGCUGGGAGCGCAACGAGCAGAACAAGAUCAUUUCAAGAACGGUGGAUCUGGCCUCAUAUCUCGACCCUUCGAAGCUCGCAGAUCAGGCGGUUGACCUCAACCUCAAACUCAUCAAGUGGCGAAUAUCGCCAUCAAUCGAUCUUGAUACUAUCAAGCAUACCUCUUGCCUCCUUCUGGGCGCUGGCACGCUUGGUUCUUAUGUUGCUCGUAACCUCAUGGGCUGGGGCGUUCGGAAGAUCACAUUCGUGGACAAUGCCAAAAUAAGCUACUCAAAUCCUGUCCGUCAGCCGCUGUACGAGUUCAGAGACUGUCUUGAAGGCGGCGCUCGGAAGGCGGAGCGUGCUGCCGAAAGCUUGCAACAGAUCUACCCUGGAGUGGAUUCCAACGGUUAUUACAUGAGCGUACCCAUGGCAGGUCAUCCCAUCAUGGAGGAGGAACGAGUGAAGAAGGAAUACGAGAGACUUCAGAACUUGAUUGAAAGCCACGAUGCGAUCUUUUUGCUGAUGGACACGAGAGAGAGCAGAUGGCUACCUACUGUGAUGGCGAAAGCGGCUGGCAAGAUUGUAAUCAAUGCCGCGCUUGGCUUCGACACGUAUGUCGUGAUGCGGCACGGUCUGAGGCGGCCCAAGUCUGCAACAAAGGAGUCAGCGGAGGGCACGGUGGUCUCUCAUUCAGACGAUGUGCCCAGUCCACUGCGAGCAGCUGCGUCAGAUUUCGUCGAAGGUGGCGGCGAGGCUAGGAGCCAGUCGCUGGCAUUGGCGGAUAAAGGCGAGGAGCUCGGGUGCUAUUUCUGUUCCGACGUCGUUGCGCCGGCGGAUAGCUUGAAGAGCGCGACGCUCGACCAGCAGUGCACAGUCACUCGGCCGGGCGCGGCACCUAUAGCUUCUGCCCUUGCAGUCGAGCUUCUGGUAUCCUUGACUCAGCACCGCCUUAAGGGACGAGCACCGGCGCCCGACCCAACAACGACAGGCAGCGCGAACCAGAUCCAGUCAUCUCCACCCACCGACCCAUCACUACCCAACAGCCACCCCCUCGGCACCGUCCCGCAUCAACUGCGCGGCUUCAUGAGCACAUGGCAGACGAUCCAGGUCAGGGGUCAAUCGUACGAUUGCUGCGCUGCCUGCUCUCCCACCAUACUCGAGGCGUAUGAGAAGGAUGGGUGGGAGUUUGUGAAGAAGGCUAUCAACGAGCGAGGGUAUGUGGAGGAGAUCAGUGGGUUAGCGGAGGUGCAGCGGAAGGCUGAAGAGGCGGAGAGGGCGAUGGAGAUGGAGGAGGAGGAAGAUGAUGAUGGGGAGGGUGAGCUUGUAUGA